AUGAGGUGCUGGAGUUCUCAGCAAAGAAGUGGCUGGGUUUACCCUACUAUAGUGCUAUGUACUUUUGGAUUCUUCACAAUGAUGAGACCAGCAGAACCUUUCCUUACUCCCUUUCUAAUUGGGUCUUACAAAAACCUGACAAUUGAACAGGUUUCAAGACAAGUGUAUCCAGUAUGGACAUACACCAACCUUUCCUCGUUGAUCCCUGUGUUUUUACUGACAGACAUUUUCAGAUACAAACCAGUUGUGGUUUUGCAAGGACUUGCCAACAUAUUGGCUUGGCUCUUGCUAUUAUUUGGCACUGGUUUGAAGUCUGUACAAUCUGCAUUCUUCAGCUAUGGUCUGGCUUUGGCAAUGGAAGUGGGAUACGUGUCCUAUAUUUACAGUGUUGUCCAUAAAGAGCACUACCAGAAAGUGACCAGCUACUCCAGGGGAGCUUUACUGUUGGGUUAUGCAGUUGGUUGUCUCCUGGGUCAAAUCCUUGUAUCUUUUGGAAUAUCCCUUUUUUGUCUUAAUGUCAUCACUCUGAGCUCUCUCUCCAUCUCCCCAUUUAUAUCCUUGCUGCUGCCUAUGCCACAGAAAAAUGUGUUGCUCAAUGGACUGCAUUCUAGGAGCCCAAGCAUAGACAUUUUCCCAAAUUCAAGCAGAGUAUCAUCCCAAUGUUCCUUCUCUACUCUAAUGGACGCCACCAGGAGAAGGAUUGUGAAUGCUGUAAUUGUGGAUUUCAAAGAGUGCUACUCAUCUGUAACCCUCAUUUUUCUCUCCCUGUGGUGGGCAAUGGGGAAAUGUGGUUUCUAUCAGAUUUCAAGCUAUGUGCAAAUUCUCUGGACUUCAAAAUCCCCUCAGAAUUUUACAGCAUACAAUGGGGGCGUUGAUGCACUUUCAACACUUUCAGGCGCAGCCGCUUCCUUUGCAGUGGGCCAUGUGACACUGAACUGGUCUGUUUGGGGGGAGCUGGUUCUAGGGUUGUUCUCGGCAAUUGCUGCAGGUGCUGUUGCCCUGAUGAAUCUCACAAGCAAUAUUUGGAUCUGCUAUGCAUGCUAUAUGGUUUUCAAAUCCUUAUACAUGCUACUCACGACAAUAUGCACCUUUCAGAUCGCAAAAAACCUCAAAACAGAGUGUUAUGCCCUAAUGUUUGGAAUAAACAGUUUUGUGGCAGUCACCUUACAGACUAUUCUGACAGCUACUGUCAUAAACACCAAAAGUCUUCGGUUACCUCUCACUACUCAGUACUAUAUCUAUGCCACAUUCUUUGCAACCAUCGCUAUGAUUUUCCUGAUUCGAGGAGUAUACACCUUGCUUCAUCUAAGGCAAAAUCUGUCAGAUGAUCGAGUCUCCAGUGACACUUAUGAGUAUCUGAUUUAA